UGAACAGAACGGCCACAACAAUUUUGCCAGAAUGGCGUGGUAACUGACGAUCGGCAUAAAUAUAUAUGAUGCAGCCACCUCCUAGAAAGGUAAAACACGCUGCCGUUUUGAAAAACAUUCAUUCAGAACAGGUAUCAAAGCUCCAAGCAAAACAUCAGCAAGAAUGUGAAUUACUGGAAGAUAUCAGGAAUUUUAGCAGACAGAGAUCAAUAAUAGAGAAGGAUUAUGCACAGAGCCUGAUGAAAUUGACCACAAGCCUUUUGAAAAGAGAAUUUUCUGCCACUCCAGAUCUUACAACAGAUGAUGGACAAGAGCAUAAAACAGCUUUGGGAGUAUGGCGGACAAUCCUGGAAGAGACAGAAAGACUCGCCAAGGCUCGGCUUCAGGCAGCAGAAAUAUACAUGGAGAAAAUAGCUGAGCCUUUGAAACCUAUUAAAUCUGCAAAAAUACAGUGUUAUAAAAAGAUGGUACCACAAUUGACCACUUAUCAACAAGAAGUAAGUCAGACUGUAAAUGAGAUGGUCAAAUCACAGAAAACCUAUAAUAUAGACCAAACCCUGACUCACGAUGCAAGACAGAAAGCUGCUGAGGCUAACGACAGACUAUCAAGAAAAUCUACAGGAAUUUUCACUUCCCUUGCAAGUUUACAGAAAAAUUGUGCCAAGUUAAAUACCCGACGAGAUGGAUGUGAAGUCAAAUCUACCAACUCUCGAAAUGAAUAUUUAUUAUGUUUAGCUGCAAGCAGUGCUCAUCAACAUCGGUAUUACUCAACAGAUUUACCCGAUCUCAUAGACACAUUAGAUGGUGAUAUGUAUGACAAGAUUAAAGAUUAUUUUCUGACCUAUGGGAAAGCUGCAUUAGAUGUCAGUACUCAGGAAAAAUCAGCCUGUGAAAAUAUAUUCACUGAAGCUGAUUUAAUUGACAGAAAUUUUAAUCACCAGUGCUUUCUUUAUUGUAAUAAAAUAUUAACAGACAAAGUGCAAUACCAGUUUGAACCAUGUCAUAAUGAUAAGUGCAAUAAAAUAUCCAAGGAACAUGGUGCAGACCUUCAGGUUGAUAAAGAGGCCAGGAAAUGGGCCACAAAAAUAGCAAAGGAGACCAAAGCCAUCAGGGACUAUGAAAAAACACUCAAAGCCCUAGAGGCCACAGCAGCAGGGGAUUUGGGAUCUGACUCUGGAACAGGGAUGGAAACAAAUCAACAAGAGAUAGAACAGAAAAUAGAAGAAAUGAAACAGCACAUCAGGAAAGCUGAAACUGCCAAAGAUAAGGCCGAGGCCAGAAUAGAUAUGCUCCGAGAUUCUGGAGUAAAUGUAGAUGAAUGGUUAGCAAGUGCUCAGGCUGAAAGUUUGCGGGUAGAAGAAGAUGCAAUGUCCAGAAGCUCUAGUCAAGUGUCUGUUAGGAGUGAUAGUACGGGAAAGAUGAGCAAUGAAAUAGAACAAACCUAUACUAAAUAUGAUGAUGAUGAGGAUGAUUUUAUUGAUGAUACAUUUGAAGCUACAAAAUAUGACGAUAGUUACCUCUCACAUGGAAGUUCUGAGCAUCCAUAUCCAGUGCCAAAGAGAUGUCGAGCUAUUUAUGAUUUUCAGGCCAGCAAUGGAGACGAACUUGACAUGGUAGAAAAUGAACAGUUAGAAAUAAUUAGUAGUGGUGAAGGUGAUGGGUGGGUCAAAGGUCGAAAUCAUGAAGGUCGUGAAGGUUACAUUCCAGAGAAUUAUGUUGAAUUGAUAGGAGACAAUGAAAGUAUUGAAUUUCAUCCUGUGACUCAGUCAGACUUUCAGGGGCCAUCACCUCCACAGACAGAGGUAGUGUCGCCGACCUCUUCAAUUGAUCCCAUGAGACAGGAAGUGACAUCAUAUUCAUCUAGUGACAUGGAGGUACAGAUGACUACCAACACAAUGCCAGUGGACAAUCCAGAUCUGUCAGAUGGUAUUUGGGCCAGAGCCUUGUAUGACUAUUCAGGUUUAUCUGAUGAGGAAUUAUCAUUCAACGAAGGGAUGUUGAUAAAAGUUCUACGUAAAGAUGAUAAUGGUGUUGAUGAUGGGUACUGGGAAGGAGAAUUGAACGGGAAAGUUGGUGUUUUCCCGUCACUGGUAGUCGAGGUACUUCACUCUGGUUUAAAGGUUCAUCCACAGUUAUCUCCCCCUCCUGUAACCAUAACACCAGCGACACCAGCUGAGGAGGUUCCUCCAUCACCAUUAUCACCAUCAUAUAAACAAGGUGACGUUGUAGAUAAUAUAGGUAGUCAAAGAAAUGAACAGAUUUUAAAAAAGGUCCGAUUUACCUCCGUCUCUCCGAAUCAACAACACUACAGUGGAUAUGAUAGUUAUGAUGACGGUGAUUAUUAUGAUUAUGAUUUUGAUGAAGAUGGGGAAGAAUCUGUUGUAUGAGGUCGGGAUCAACUGUAAUAGUUUUAUACUGACCUUUUGGAAGAAUCUGUUGUAUGAGAUCAGGAUCAACUGUAAUAGUUUUAUACUGACCUUCACCAGUGGAAGAAUCUGUUGUAUGAGGUCGGGAUCAACUGUAAUAGUUUUAUACUGACCUUGGUUAAGCCAGGACCAAGUAUACGGAAGGGAAAUAAUCUUUUAAUUCCAAGGAAAAGUUUAUAUGCUAGUGUUAUGAUGACCUCAGUGAGGUCAAGGACAGAAGCAUCAACUUUAUGUAGGAAUAUCCACUGCAGUUGUCAUCAGGGUUAAAAAAAAUUGUGCAUUAUAUCGUAGUUAUGCAAAUUUAGUGCUAUGUGUUUUUUUUUUUUUUAUAAUUUGUACUUGAAUGUUCUAAUUAUUCAGUGACCUUUUGAAAAGGUUAAUAUUAUAAAAAACUGAAUUGAAUCACAUCUGUGUUGUCAAGAUAUAUGACAUAUUUAUAGCAUGACAAUUGUUGAUUUUUAAACAAAAAUAUUUGAUAUUGUUUAUAGACAAUCUAGUAUGAUGAAGUUUGUUUAAUGUCAACUCUCUCUAAAUUGGGUUCUUCUGUUAAAUGGGUUGUUGUUUCAAAAUGUUUACAACACACACAGGGUUCCCUCUCAACCUUCAAAACUGUCAAAAGUUUGAAUCUUUGAUUUUUUGGGUUUUGAAAAGGGUGAGAACCCUUUACAUACAAUCUGCUUGAAGUUGAGAUAUUUUAGAUAUAGGGUUUGCGUUAAUAAUUGGGGAAUUUGUACAUGAUUAAUGAAAAAAUGGAUUCAAUCAGAAAGAAAAUGGUAGUGGAAUAUUUUUUUAUAAUGCAAUUAGGGAUAAAAAUGGUUAAAGAUCAUCCUUAAAUUUGUAGUAUGAAAAUGUAUAAGAAAUUUGACGAUGAAAAAAUUGACAGUUCAUCUAAAUAUGAAAAGAAAGAAAAAAAUAAAUAUUUUAAUGAGGUCUGAAUUUAGAAACUUUAAAUGACAUAGAUAGCUGAUAUUGAAAAAAAUGAUCUGAUGUUUUUAUUUCUAUUUUUCUAGUCAUAUUUAAGUGCUUUCUUGUGUAUAGAUCUGCAAAUUUAAGAAUCUGCUUAAAAUCUUUAAAAGAUUUUCAUCGGGAUAUAUGAGCACAUUAAGCACAUACAACUUUUACACAAAUACUUAAUGUGAUUUGUUUUGCUUAAUUAGCUGAUGCUUAAAAAUUCCCUGAAAAAAAUCAAUGUGUAAAAAGGGGAGUUAUUUGAAAGGGCAAUUAAAAAUUGUAAAGUGACAGUUGUUUUGAGGAGGCAAUUAUCAAAUUUGAAUGUAAUUUUAUAAUAUGAUAUAUGGAUUAUUACAAUGCAUAAUAGCACACACUUAUUACAUAUAUAUAUAUGUGCACCAAUUACAUUAUAUAUGAUAUACCUAUGAAGAAGAAA